CUGAGCCCAUUGCAUGAACGACGUUGUUUUGACUAACACCCACUACGCUCUUCUUAAAACUCCUGAACCGGCGACUCCACCAAGACAGACACACACCACCAUGAAACCACACCAGCACCACCUCAGACUCCGACUCCACUGUCGCACCACCGCCGUGACCACCACGAGCCGGCACUACGCCACGAAAUACACGGCGAAGGUGACCUCCACCUCCCCCACCGGGCUCUCACUCACGGCCGAGGUCACCCCACUCCGUUCCCCCUACCCCACCGACAUCCGCGGCUACCCACUCCCCCGCCGCGACGUCAUCUGCAAGGCGACUCAAAUCCUCCUCCACCACCACGCCAACCAAUCACGUCCAUCCACUUCACCACGCUCAAACCCAAACCCCUUCCUCGACCUUUCCAACUACCUCCACUCCCUCGCUCUCCCUCUCACCCCCUCCGAGGCCUCCGAAAUCCUGAAAUCUCUAAACCACCCCUCCCUCGCCCUCAACUUCUUUCGCCUCUGCCCCUCGCUUUCCCCAAAUUUCCAGCACGACUCCUUCACCUACACCCGCCUCAUCCUCAUCCUCUCCAAGUCCUCCUCCCCCCCGGACCGCUUCGAUCUCGUCCGCUCCCUCCUCUCCCAGAUGGACCAGUCCAACACGCGUGGCACCAUCUCCACCGUCAACAUCCUUAUCGGCUUCUUCGGCAACUCCCAGGACCUCGACCUCUGCAUGUCCUUGAUCAAGAAGUGGAACCUCACCAUGAACUCUUACACCUACAAGUGUUUGCUCCAGGCGUACCUCCGCUCCCACGAUUCCGACAAGGCCUUCCAUGUGUUCACCGAAAUGCGCCGCCGAGGUUACAAAUUGGACAUUUUUGCUUACAACAUGUUGUUGGAUGCUCUGGCCAAAGACGAAAAGGUUGACCAGGCUUACAGGGUUUUUGAAAACAUGAAAAGGAAGCAUUGUGAGCCUGAUGAGUUUACAUACACAAUUAUGAUCAGAAUGAAUGGAAAGAUUGGUAAAGCUGUUGAGUCAUUGGCACUCUUUCAGGAAAUGCUAGCAAAGGGCUUCGCUCCAAAUUUAAUUGCUUAUAAUACCAUGAUCGAGGCACUUGCUAAGGGUCGGAUGGUUGACAAGGCCAUUCUUCUCUUCUCUAAAAUGGUACAGAAUGAUUGCCGGCCGAAUGAAUUCACAUACAGUGUAGUUUUGAAUGUUCUGGCUGCAGAAGGGCAGCUUGGUAGACUAGACGAGGUCGUGGAAGUAUCAAAGAAGUACAUGAAUAAGUCGAUAUAUGCAUAUCUUGUAAGGACUCUAAGCAAGCUGGGCCAUGCAAGUGAAGCUCACCGGGUGUUUUGCAACAUGUGGAACUUCCAUGAUAAGGGGGAUAGGGAUGCUUAUCUCUCCAUGUUAGAGAGUUUAUGCAAUGCAGGCAAGACAACAGAGGCUAUAGACCUGCUGGGUAAGAUUCAUGAAAAGGGAAUAACUUCUGAUACAAUCAUGUAUAACACCGUUUUCUCAGCCCUUGGCAAGCUGAAGCAAAUCUCCCAUCUUCAUGAUCUUUAUGAGAAGAUGAAACAAGAUGGUCCUUCACCAGACAUAUUUACGUAUAAUAUUCUCAUCUCCAGCUUUGGUCGGGCCGGAAAGGUUGAUGAGGCAAUUAAAAUAUUUGAAGAGCUUGAGAAUAGCAAUUGUAAAGCCGACAUAAUCUCUUAUAAUUCCUUGAUCAAUUGCCUUGGGAAGAAUGGUGAUGUUGAUGAAGCUCACAUGAGGUUUAAGGAAAUGCAAGAGAAAGGAUUGAAUCCUGAUGUUGUCACAUAUAGCACGCUCAUCGAGUGCUUCGGUAAGACGGAUAAAGUUGAGAUGGGCUGCAGGUUGUUUGAUGAGAUGCUUGCUGAGGGAUGCUGCCCUAACAUUGUAACAUACAACAUCUUACUCGACUGUCUUGAGAGGUGUGGGAGAACUGCUGAAGCAGUGGAUCUGUAUGCAAAACUUAAGCAGCAGGGUUUAACGCCAGAUUCAAUUACAUAUGCAGUGCUUGAACGUUUGCAAGGUGGUUCACAUAGGAAAUUCAGACUUCGCAGGCAAAGUCCGAUUACUGGUUGGGUUGUUAGCCCUUUGAGGUGAUGAAGUUGAAGAUGGGUUUAACGCCAGAUUCAAUUACAUAUGCAGUGCUUGAACGUUUACAAGGUGGUUCACAUAGGAAAUUCAGACUUCGCAGGCAAAGUCCGAUUACUGGUUGGGUUGUUAGCCCUUUGAGGUGAUGAAGCUGAAGAUGGGGAUUGCUGAAGAAACAAAUUACAUAUUUUUAAUCACUUCCUUUUGGGGGAAAGUGUAUAUGGAGUUUUUGAUGAUAUUCCCGUAAGAGGGACCAACAUUGGAUGAUGACCAUUUUUUAUGUUCUACUAUUUAUGGUGGCUGUUCUUGUUACACUUACCACAAAGAUGAUGCGACUUCAGGAAGGCAAUCCGGUUUUUGCAUCUAUUCAAGUUAUGGGGUUCUACUUCUUUUCUCUUGUUACUAAACGAAAGGAGCAGCAGCUUUUUAUCAUCGGUUUUUUUAUGGAUGUUAAGUUAACAGGUCGCUUUUCAACAUGACAGCGGCUGUGUCAGGUAAGCACGUUUACUGUUACUCUAAUGUGAUAUAGUGAAGAUUGCUGAUUCAUUACGUGCAACAUUACGUACUUCAUUGGAUCACGAUUGAGGUGGUUAUUACAGAUAUGAAGCUCCAAACAGUUCUCUCUCUAUCCAAUUAGUUCAUGCAGUAAAAUAUAGCUGUUACUGUUGUUUAUGACUUGUAAUCAAGGAGUAAUGCUAUAAGGUGGGCUAGAGUCCUCCUUGUCUCUUUCCAAAUAUCACGUGACUUUUAAAAUUAUCAUUUAAUUUAAAAUGAUCAUUAUUGAAUUUUGAUCAAAUAGUAAUUUUCAAGCCACGUAACAUGUAAGAGAACACAAUGAAGACUCUUGUCCUCUUUAUAGUGUUACUCGUAAUCUAAUCUGGCAUAAUGUUGUUGCCUGACGAUUGUAUUUGCACCGCAGCUCCCGCCAAAAUAAAGGUAUUUUCAGAAUAUUUUGGUCAAAUUUGAUUUUACAUUCAACAUAACGAUCGAGAGUGACAGAUGGAGCUAAGUUGCAA